UCCCAUCUUCCUGUGACAUGUUUAGAGUCUAUUUGAACAUAAUGGGGCUGUAUUUGGAAGUUCCUGUAGAUGUUAUCGCCAUCAUAGCGUUCCGUUAAUGGGCUUUUGUUUCCCCUUAGCAUGUGGCUGGUGCAUGUGUUUGCACUUACCGUCAAGGAUGUUAAAAGAAGAAUCUGAAAAUGUCACUUUGAAGUAGAGAGGUGUGGCAUAUAGUUGAACACAAUAUUGGCAGCCAGUGUAUGAUCUCCAGAGUGUAUUCUGGUAAUUACUUUGAUGAGUUUAGGAAUGUGCAGUCCCUGUUCCUGCACUCACUUACAGGAACCACUGGAGUAUUUUAAUUAAUCUAGAUGUAGUCAAUCAGUCUUCAUUACAAAUAAAUAUAUGACUAUGAGGAAGUUGAAGAUGUGCAGCCAUUCAAAGUAACUUUUUGUGGUGGAGACAAGAGCACAUCAGACAUUUACAAUGUAGGAAAUAUAUCUAUAUGUACCCAAGAUAACUAUCAAAAACUUAAAAUAAAACUAUAUAAAGCCAAAAAAAAAGUGUAUAAUAAAACAAAACCUGUAUAUCUUAAAAUAAAAGCAACAAAAGCACUAAAAUGGUUCCUUUGUUUUUUAAUUUACAUUUGCUUUGUUUUGGGGGCUUGAUGAGGGAACUUCAGUGCUGCUGAGGCAUUGAUUCUAUGAUUAGGAUGGUCCACUGAGCAAUUAAGCUUGUUUGGGGGUGGGCCGGGAUAGUAUUCAUGACACUAUAAAAUAGUGCUACAACACCUUACUGCAGUGUGACUGUGUGGUAAGAUGGUGGCUGUGAUAAUGGGGCUUAGAGAAUGUGUGCUUGGGUUUUUAGUGCUGGUUGUAUUUGAGCAUGUGUACAGUGCCAGACUUCAGCCUCGAGUGUCUCAGCCGGUGCUGACGGAAGAACCUCAAAGGGUUGAUUCUCUGCUUCGGGAGCAGUGGAGUCCAAUCCGAGGUCCUUAUGAUGUUCAAUCUCAGAGGCCCCAGUUGGCCCCACUUACUACAGAUCUGACAUCUUCAAGUAUUCAGUCCAAACAAGAAUUGCAGGGCCCUGUCAGGGAGCUGACCUGGAAGUUCCCAAAGGUCCCAGAAGAGCCAGUACAGCUGGAUAUUAACUUUGACUUGCAGCAGCCUCAACCUUCUGACAGUGUAGCAGUCCAGUGUUGGGAAAAUAGGGUGCAUGUGGAAGUGAAGCAGGACUUCUUUGGUACUGGCCAGCUGCUUGAGCCUUCUCUUCUGUCUCUAGGGGGCUGUGCUGUAGUGAACGUGGAUUCAGUUGCCAGAGUUCUGAUCUUUCAAUCUGAACUUCAUGAGUGUGGUAGUCAGCUUGUGGUGACUGACAAUGAGCUUGUCUACAUCUUUACUCUUGACUAUAGACCAGCAGAAUUCCAAAGUACUCCAAUUGUAAGGUCCAGUGCUGCUACAGUUGGUAUUGAAUGCCACUACCCCAGGAGACACAAUGUGAGCAGUAAUGAACUGCAGCCAGCUUGGAUCCCAUAUGUGUCCACCAAGGUUGCGGAGGACAUUCUGGUCUUCUCCCUGAAGAUCAUGACUGAUGACUGGUUGUUUGAAAGGCCUUCAAAGGUGUUCUUCCUGGGUGAUGUCUUAAAUAUUCAGGCAUCUGUGAAGCCAUACAACCAUGCCCCCCUUCAUAUAUUUGUGGACCACUGUAUUGCCACUUCAGGCCCUGAGGUUAACUCUGCUCCAAUGUAUUCUUUUAUCGAAAAUCAUGGUUGCCUCACUGAUGCAAAGUAUACUGGCUCCAUGUCCAACUUUCUGCCCAGAGUGCACCGUGACAAACUCCAGUUUCAGUUGGAGGCCUUCAGGUUCCAACAAGAAACCAGUGGUGUUAUUUACAUCACUUGUCUUCUAAAAGCAAGUGCAGCUAUGGUGCAGGUUGACGAAAAUCAUAAGGCUUGUUCUUUUAGAGCAAAUGGAUGGGCGUCUUCUGAUGGAAGUGAUGAGGUGUGUGGCUGCUGUGACACAAGCUGUGGGUUGAGGACUGAUGGUGUGUUCAAAGUUCCAGCAGGUUUCCAGUGGGAGGGAAGAGCCAAAGUUGGCCCUCUCCAGGUCUGGGAGAAUCCACAUCGAGCCAAAAAUGUGAUUUGAUUCUUGUAAAUAAAGCUUUAAGUACCAACAAGUGUUUGGAACUUUUUCAU